UAUUUUUUAUUCAAUGUGCACUAAUUUAGUCGUUUAAUUAUUUGAUUUUUUAUAUUUACAUACAAAAUGUCUAAAGACGAUCUCUUUUAUUUCCUAAUUUUAUUAGUGUCAAUAUUUUUUGCAAACUACUUAAAUAACUUGCAAUCCCCAAGUCAAAAAAAGUUACUAGUAUUCACAGUUGGACUUUCUCUAGUGAUGCUAACAUGCGGCUAUUCAUCGUUACAUUCCCUAAUUACAGUGCUAGUCAAUUUGGCUAUUAUCAAAUUAGUCUCCCCUAAAUAUUGCCAUGUUGUUAGCUUUGUGUGGUGCUUUGGCUAUUUGUCAUUCUUUAGACUUGGUUAUCUCCUGUUUGGCCUGCCACCUGCUGUUUCCUAUUUGAAUGCUGUUCAGUUACUGCUUACAUUAAAAAUGUCAGGAUUAUCAUUUGAAGUCCACGACAAGCACGAAAGAAUAAAAAAUUUAAACUUUCAAAAGGCAACAACGACCAAGCGACCUGACGAGACGACUAUAAGAAACUUGAAGACUAACAAUAAUGAUAUCGUUAAAGAUAAUGAUGAUGGUGUUGUUGUUGAUAAUGGUGUUGUUGAUAAUGAUGUUAUUGAUAAUGGCGUUGUUGAUAAUGAUGCUGUUGUUGAUGUUUUUGCUCCUCCUCCAGUCAUAGACAUGCUUGUUUAUAGUUUCUCAUUCAUUGGAAUUCUGACAGGCCCUUAUUACAGUUUCAAGACAUUCAACGAUAUGAUUGAAUGUGAUAUCCCAGCGAUAAGCAUCAAACAUCACAUCUACAGAAGAAUCAAAUACCUACCAUUAAUCAUCUUCCUUUUUUUGAUACUCUCCUAUCUCUAUACACUGGAUGAUGUUAAAUCAGUAGCAUUGCAGUACAACAACAGCAACAACAACGACGCCAACAAAGCGUCCACACUACUUUCCCGCCUUUUUUACAUGGUUGUGUUGUUCUGUACGUUCCGUAUGCGAAUGUAUACAGCCUGGUUGCUCUCCGAAACUGUUUGCACGUCUGCCAAAUUAGGGAUGUACCCGAUCGAGUGCGAGUCGAGAUGUGGUGGCGGUCCAACUAAGAUUGACGUGUUUGAUGAUUGGAAGAAGAAGUCAUUGAGUGAAAAGCUCGAAAGUGAAUUCGAUUUUGAAACAACCAAAAAUCUAGAUGUUAAAGGCUGCGAGUUAUGCACGACGUUGAGGCAAGGAAUGAAGUGUUGGAACAUGACAGUGCAGUACUGGCUGGCAACUAAUGUCUACAAGAGAUUGAAUUUCAUUAAAAGCAAUAGAAUCAGAGCAGGCCUGACAAUGUUGGUCAGUGCAUAUUGGCAUGGGGUGCAUCCGGGGUACUAUCUAAGUUUCCUUUUGGUACCUUUCUACAUCCUGGCUGAAGAUUUCAUGAUACAUGCUUUUAAACUCACUUCUAUAUCAAAGAACUCCGUCGCCGCAGCCAAUAAAAUCUUCAACUUUCUGAUGUGGUUGUGCACAAUGAGGACAUUCGAAUACAUGAGCAUGGGUUUCAUGCUACUGACUUUCCACGAUACUACGGCCUACUGGUCUAGUAUUUAUUACUGCGGUCACGUCUGGACCGCUACUAUGAUUGUAACUGGAUACACUAUCAAAAAAGUAUUUGGGAAAGGUUGUAUUAAGAAGGAAUACUAAUACUAAUCAUACCAAUACAUAUUCAUACUACUAAUCAUACUACUAAUCAUAAUGAUAAUCAUACCACUAAUAGCAAAUCAUAAUACCAAUCAUUAUCUUAAUGUUCAUCCAUAAGUCCUGUUCAUCAUUUUUUCUUUUGUCGUUCGUUGUCAUCGUCCCACCAGCAUCGUGUCUAUGUCUAUGUCCAAGUCUAUGUCUAUGCUUUAUACCUAAGCUACGAAAUAUUUAUGACGUGAUUAAAAAUAGUUUUCGGUUGUUUUUUCGUCAUUAAUCAGUAAAAUUAUCUCGAAA